AUGACAUUUAUUGCUCGUCACUACAGUCUUUAUGUUGGUUUAUUCUUAUUAUUUCUGAAAAGAGUGAAUAAAAUUGAUUUAAGUGUAUGUCGAAAUGCUCAUAUGGUUUAUCGUGUGGCAAAACAUUUUUCACAAGAUGGAUUUAAAACGUUAUUAUUGAACACUGAAAAAAUUUUAUCUGAACAACAACAACAAUCUGAUGGUAUGUUAUCUACUGAAUAUCAACAAAAACAAACUGGUCUUUGGAAUCCUGUAAUACUUUUUGCAGUUCACACAGUUUUGAAUAAUAUGAUGCUUGCAACAUUCAAAUUACAAAAUGAAUUAAUUCGAAAAUGGACUAUAUUAUAUCACAAUGGAUGGUUUAAUAAAUUAACUCGUUGGUUGUAUUGUCAUCUUAUAUUUGAUAUGAAUCAUGAUGAACAGAACAAUAAGUGUUUAUCUUAUUUAAAAGAAGGAAUAGAUUUACUACGUGAAUUUUUCUUUAUGCAACAGACAUGUGAAACUGUACAUGAUUUCUCGUUAAAACCACCACAGAAUGGUCGUAUACAAUGGGAUGAUUUAUCAGCUAGUCCAUUAAUAAUGCGACCUCAUUUAAAAUUAAAAAAUUCCAAUGCUAAACAGUGUAAUUUGAUGAAUUUGUCUUCGAACAAUUCUUCAUAUUCAUCUUGGAAUUCGGACUUAUGUUCAAUGCCUCAACUAUUUGUAAACAGUCAGAAUUCGUCAAGAAAUAAUGCAAAGUUUACACCAUUGGAUCGUUUCCAGAUUUUAAUGGGUAUCAAGCGUCCGUAUAUUGAUCGUCAAUCAACAAAUAGAAUUUAUGCAUCUACAAUGAAUACAUUUUAUGAAAAUCGCUACAUACUCAUAGUAUGCAACUAUUUAGAAGAUAAGCUUAAUGAAAAAAUGAAGCCACAUUUGAUUCAAUGGUGUUUAUUGUCAGGUAUUCGAGGAAGGAUUGCACGUCAACUAUUAGUUCCAUCAUCAUUUGUCAACCAAUUUGAUUGUGAAAGAUUUUUGCAAACUAAUAAUCCACGUAUAUCUUUUCGUUUUCUAGCAGAUUACUAUGGUUUAUUACCUGUUUUUGGAUUAUACCAUGAGAAAGUUGUACAGUCUUAA